UUUGUUGUGUUCUUCAAAAAAUGCUGUGUUGUUUUUUAACUGCUGAUUCGGGCUUUCCGUUCCUCUUACCGUGAUUUUUCAGGAGAAUCGUAGAUAGGCCCCAUAAAAAUAAACUGAUAUGGUUAAACUGAAUUUUCUCAUAAGAAAAUGUGGUUACAGUAAGUUGCAACAUUAGAGUAUGUUUUGGGUGUGUGUUUUGUGUUCUUGUGUGUGUACGUAUGUGUGUUUUCCAGACACAGUGAACAGCCAUGUUGUCCGGAGCGUUCCGGUGAGGUCUGACCAUAGAUAUAAAGCAUCAUCUAUGGGUCUGAAAAUCAGUUGCGUCCAAGAUCAGCACCGAUGGCUUCCAGUUUCUGAGGUUAGUUUCGUUCAUGGUCAUGAUUAUCUUGAGCGCGCCUAAAUGAAGCACCACGCGCUGUCGAACUGUCAACCUGGUGGCCGAGGUGGACUGGGACUUCGGGGAGAAAGGGAUCAGAAGUAAGCAGAAGUGGUAUUUGUUUAGGUACAUUUAGGGAGUAAUAAGUUAAUUAGAUAGAUGAAAUAGUGUCAUCAAAUCAACCAACUCUUAAAUCUGUAAAGUUACUGUUAACUGGCUAGUUGAUGACUAAACAUCCACAUUAGCUAGUUAACAUCUAGCCGUUAGCUAGCGUGUUUGCGAUCCUGAGCUAAUUAUGGUAAAGCUAACGUCACCUUAGCGAACUAGGUAGAUAAGAGAGAUAAGCAACAACAACUUUACACUGGUAACCAGAUUGCUAGAGGAUAACCCAGAAAAAUUGAUGAAAUAAAACAAACGUUUUCUAGGUAAAACACCUUGCUUUCAGACUGUUAAAAAUGUGAGCUAGCUAGCCAGUCUUUGUUAGCCGUUGGAGCCGGCUGACUGGGCUUGUGGUUAUGACGUCAAGAGAAUGUUUGUUCUGUUGUGUCAUAAACGCUCCCUGAAGCUAUAUACUGUGUUGCUUUUUUGUUGGUUUAAAUUAAUGUAACUAAUGACUUGAGAAUGCAGUGGGCAAACACUUUACCGUUUAAGUUUCCACGCUUUUACAGAGACAAGACAGACCAGUUGGAGGCUGUUGGAACUGAUGUUAUCACACCCUCUCUCCCUGGAAGUACUAGGAAAAGGAGGAGGGAGAUGUUUGUCAGGACAGCACAGCUAAGGUUUGAGGAAGAUGGUGCCAAUAGUUAUGAAGAGGUAGAGCAGAAGGAUGAUUCGGUUAGGCUGUACCUUUCAGAGGAGGAGAGGUUCCUCAACUUUGCAGACUUGACUGCAGAGGAGAGACAUGAUGUUCUGGCAGGGUUGGUGUUCUCUCAAAGCAAACUGAAACAAUCAGUCUCUGAGCUUCAAAGAAUGCUGGAGGUAGCUGAGGAAAACAACACAGUGCUAUGUGCCGAGAACAUGGCCCUGUGCAACCAAAACCAAAGGAUGAAACAGACAAUCCACGAUGCAGAGCAGCAUACGGAUGAGCUGGAGGGGAUGCAAAGCUUAUUGACCGAGAAGGAAGAUCUGGUGGGCAACCUAAAGACUUACACCCAAAAACUGGAGAAAGAGAAGGUUUCUUUGGUGGAUCAGAUAACAACCAUGAGCAGUGAGAUGUCCAGUAUUGUAUCAGCCAGAGCCAUUGACAAGAAAAACAUAGUAAACUUUAUCCAGUUUCAACGAUCCCUUCAGCUGCAGUUGGAGGAGGUCAGAGUCAUUAUGACUCAGAACGAUGAGGCCAUACGCCAGAAGGACUUUGCCAAUGAGCAACUGGAGCGAUCUGUGAGAGAGUACACCACCAUCAUACAGGAUCUGAAGGAGAGGAUUACCAACCUGGAGAGCCAACAGGAGGAGGCCAUAGUUAACAAGGUCGACUACAUGACCUUUGAUGGGGCUGUGAUAGCAGGCAGUCAGCGAGCCGUCUCUCUAGAGGAGGAACUGCGUCUGCUGCCUCUCAGGAUGGGGGAUCCCUCUGAUGAGGAGGUGCAGGAGCAGCGAGAGGAGGAGAGAGUAGACAUGGGUCACCAAGUGGAGGUGGUCAAGGAGGAGAAAAACAGUUUGUGGACACAUAUGGUGAAAGGAGUGAAGGCAGCAGGUAGUUUCACCCUGGGCUUCCUGGUUCCUCUGGGCGUCCUGGCCUCCAUGCUCCCCAUCAACCAUGAGUACCACACUAGAGGAAGUUGCAUGGACACCUUUUGGUCUGCUGCUGGAAGCAUCAUAGAGCCCUACUGCACCAUGACCCACAUGAAACCUUUCCCUGUGUAAAAUAUAUCUACACAUGCAUACAUACUGUACUUACAUGCAUGCGCGCACACACACACACACACACACACAACAUGGGCCAAUGUAACAUGAUUGUUUUCAAAAGUGCAAAAAAUUAAAAUAUGUUGGUUUUGGAAACA